AUGCCUCCCUACGUCUCCAGAAAGCGAUCUUCUUCCCCUCCGAUAGACGCCCCGCCUGCAAAGCGAAAACCUCCCGCGAAACCUGCUCCCACGAAGCCUGCGAGAAAGGCCAGCCGCUUCAAGCCAUCGCUCUUCGAUACGGCCGAUGCUCCUGCUGGACCACCAAAGUCCGCUGAAGCUACGAAGAAAUACCUCGCGAGCUUGGACGACGAUGACGACGAUCAAUCCUCCCUCAGCGAUGUCGAUAGCGACGACUUCGAAGACGUGGAGCCAGCGGCGAAGCGACAGAAGACGGAGGAGAAUCGAGUUGGAAAAGACGAAGAUGAGGAAGAAAUGGACUGGGAGGACGCCAUUGGGACUGCUGGACCUUCCACCAACAACGAGGCCAGUGACGCGGCUGAGAUUGGAGACAUCUCCAUCUCGUUGAACGACGAUGGGACAUACGAAGAGCCACUCGUCUCGCUGGCUACUGGCAAGAAGGCUCCGUCCAAGCGGGAGCGCCAGGUUCGGAUGCUCACACAUUGCCUUCAUGUUCAGACGCUACUGUGGCACAACACUGUCCGCAACUCCUGGCUGAACGACAAGGAAGUGCAGAAAACUCUCGUGGACGGCCUCACAGAUGGCGUCAAACGUGAAGUGACACGCUGGAGGGAGUCCAUGGGUAUGUUGAGCAAGGAGGAGCUGGAGGCGAAGAAGAAAGCCGCAGCUGCGAAGAACAAGAGCAAGGGCAAGCGAGGCUCAAAAGGUAAAGGUCGAGACUGGGGAUACGAUGCGACACACGCGGAGCAAGGCGUACCGAAUUUGAGUCAGGGCGAUCCGCUGCUGAGACUGCUCAAGGUGUUGACGGCAUACUGGCGCAAGCGAUUCGUCAUCACAGCUCCUGGGUUGAGGAAGAAGGGGUACAUGCCGCUGAAGAGGUUGCGAGAUGAUAUUCGUGCAUGGGCGAAGGAUCACAAUGGUGAAGAGGACUUUGGGGAGCGAAUUGAGGACCGGGCGGCGUUUCGCGAGAUGGCGAAGACGUGUGAGGGCUCGCGAGAUGUUGGGGCACAACUGUUCGUUGCGCUGUUGCGAGGUCUGGGGCUGGAGACGAGAAUGGUCGCGAAUUUGCAGCCUAUUGGCUUGGGCAACAGUAAAGCCGAAGAGGCGGAUCCGAAACGUCCGAAGAAGGAGAAGAAGGCUGACCAGGAUGAGGUUGACGAGGAAGACGAGGCUGAGAAGAAGACGAAGUCGAGUACAAAAGCAGAGAAGCCUGUCACAUCCAGAGGAAAGAACGCAUCACGCAAGUCUACUCGCGGUGGGGAGACGGCGCCGAUUGAUCUCGAUGCUACUGACAGCUCGCUCAGUGAUGCACCAUCAAGAAGCGACGAUGAAAUUUCUGUCAUUGACGUUACGCCGGCCUCCCGCAAGAAGCCAACGAGGAGGUUUGACCGUGAUCUCGCAUUUCCCAGCUACUGGACUGAAGUCUGCUCCCCAGUCUCGCACAAAUAUAUCCCCGUGGACCCGAUAGUGCUCUCGACCAUAGCAUCAAACGACGAACUCUUGGCGACCUUUGAGCCGCGAGGCAAGAAAGCCGAGGUUUCGAAGCAGGUCAUGGCAUAUACCAUCGCCUUCUCCUCGGACGGCAGUGCAAAAGAUGUCACCGUCCGAUACUUGAAGCAACACCGAUUCCCUGGCAAGACGAAAGGAAUGCGCAUGUAUGCUGAAAAGGUGCCCAUCUACAACAGACGCGGCAAGGUCAAGAAGUAUGAAGACUACGACUGGUUUCGGUCUGUUAUGGCCAUGUAUGAUCGACUUGAGGCGAAUUUGACCUCUGCGGACAAGCUCGAAGAUGAAACGGAUCUGAAGCCCUUCAAGCCCGUGAAGGAGGAGAAGGAGACGGAGAAAGAAUCGCUGCAAGGGUACAAGCAGUCGGCCGACUAUGUGCUUGAGGUACACCUCCGUCGCGAAGAAGCAUUACUCCCAUCCGCCAAGCCGGUGAAGACUUUCGCAGCUGGAAAAGGAGACAAAGCCAAAGUGCAUGAUGUGUAUCGCCGUGAAGAUGUGGUCCAGUCGAAGACCGUGGAGUCAUGGCACAAGUCCGGACGAGCCAUCAAAGUCGGCGAGCAGCCUGUGAAGUACGUUCCCACGCGAGCUGUGACUAUCAUCCGGAAACGUGAGAUCGAAGACUCUCUAAGAGAAACGGGCGAGAAGGCCAUGCAAGGUCUAUACCACGAAGGGCAAACCGAAUGGAUCAUCCCAGACCCGAUCGGACCCGACGGCAGGAUCCCGAAGAAUGCCUUCGGAAAUAUGGAUGUAUACGUGCCCACCAUGGUGCCAAAGGGAGCCAUUCAUCUGCCGUUAAAAGGAAGCGCCAAGCUCUGCCGCAAGUUGCAAAUCGACUACGCGGAAGCUUGCACAGGUUUCGAGUUCGGCAAGCAGCGUGCUGUACCUGUGUUAACGGGAGUCGUGGUCGCCGAAGAGUAUGAAGAUCUCGUGCGGGAUGCAUGGCGAACGGAGCAGGCGGAGGUGAAGAGGAAGGAAGACACGAAGCGUACUGCUGCGAGUCUGGCGAUGUGGAGGAAGAUGCUGAUGGGUCUGAGGAUUAUCGAGAGGAUGAGGUUGGAGUAUCAAGAUGGGGAUGAUGCUGAGGCGAGUAAUCCUUUUGUGAAGAGGGCGAAGCGGCAAAGUGGUGAUGUCGCUUCUGCUCACAGUCCUGGGUUUGAGGAGGAGGAUCAGGGAGGUGGUGGGUUCUUUCGGCCUGGAUAUGAGGAGGAAGAG